ACUGAUGAGUGAUGUAGUGGCUAAUGUAGCAACAGUUACUUCAACAAACACUGUGAUCAGUUUCACUGUUUGUUAUUAGUACGCAUUCGCCUUUUGUUGAAGCUAUUAGUUUCCUGUGCGAGGCGAGGGUGAAGUCAAAACACGUCAAAGGGUUUUUGUUGUUGGGCGUGUGUAUCGCGGAGCGGUCCUGGCUGUGGAGACGAUCACCAUGGACGAAAAACCUGUGGCAUCCAUGGAUCUGGGUGGUGGUAUGCCAGGAGUAGUCGCCGAGCUGCAGCAGUUUAUUGAACGUCAUAAUCAGGAUGAGCGCCAGCGUGUGUUCAAGCUUCUGCUGCAGCCACCGUUCAGUCCCCUACAGCCUGAUCUUCACAUGCAUGUCCAGCGUGACAAUGCGUGGCGACGCAUGGAGCGUGUGGCUGAGCUGGGCAUGAUGGAUCUAAUGCGCGUUCCGUGGCCCAGCAAGGAGCAGAACAUGAACCUGUGGGCCUGGCUAGAGUCGCUGAGCAUGCACGACAUGUCACUAGCCACUAUGCUUGGUGCACAGCUGGGCCUGUGUGUUGGAGCCAUCAUUACCAUGGGAACGGACGAGCAGCGGGAGGAGCUGAUACCUGGUCUCGUUUCCUGCAAGCAUCGCGGAUGCUUUGCUAUGACGGAGCUUGGCCAUGGCUCGAAUGUACGAGAUCUGGAGACCAUGGCAACGUUUGAUCCAAGCACGAAGGAGUUUGUCAUCCACACCCCUAGCAACUCGGCACAGAAAUUCUGGAUCGGCGGUGGAGUUGAUGCACACAUAGCAGUGGUGAUGGCACAGCUCUACACGCAGGGACAGUCUUGCGGAGUGCACGGCUUUACAGUACGGCUGCGCGACGACACCGGCCAGCUGAGACCGGGUGUCAGGGUGGCCGACGUAGGCCACAAGAUCGGCUUGAAUGGUGUUUCCAACGCCCGCUUUUGGUUCGACAAGGUGCGUGUGCCGCUUGGUUCUCUACUGAGUCGCUAUGGCGGUGUUGAUGCUGACGGUGCAUACUCAUCCUUCAUAGAGGACAGAAACCUGCGUUUUGCCAUGUGUCUGGCUGAGUUACUGCGAGGGCGCAUUGCAAUUAUCUGUGCGGCCGUGAGUAUUAGCAAAGUGACUGUCGGCACUGCUAUUCGAUACGGCUUGUCACGACGGCAGUUCAGAGUCGGUAAUGGUGAGGAGAUACUGCUGAUGGACUACCCCAUGCACCAGCGACGUCUCCUCCCCUACCUGGCCAUGGCGUACGCACUGCAGUGUGCCUCACAUCGUGUGCAGGUGCAGUGGAAUGAGCGCAGCGAGGACAUCACGGAGCGCAUGCAGCAGAUGAAGACCAUUCACAUACUGACGUCGGGAUACAAGGCGGUGGGUGGCUGGUUUGCUCGUGACGCCAUUCAAUCGUCCAGAGAGGCCUGUGGCGGCCUAGGUUAUGCAUCCUGGAAUCACAUAGGUCGACUCAAAGCCGACUUUGAUGCUUCUUUGACGUAUGAAGGUGAUAAUUGCGUUCUCCUAGCACUGACGACUCGCCAGCUAAUGAAGAUGUACCGCAAGGGCGUGGCAAAGAGGGGAUUCCCCGCCGACAGCAUGAUGUCACACCAGAAUAGCAUGCUGCAGGACCAGCUCGACUUGCAGUCUCUCAGAUAUCCGGUCAUGUGGCAAGCAAGCGAUGGUGACACCGACGCUGGCAGGGUGGUGAAUGCGGGCAAUCUCUUUGAUGUACCUCUUCGACGGCAUCCUGUGUUUCUACUCAACUGUCUGGAAGUGCGGGAGAAACUCUACAUGGACCUGCUGUCCAAACAGUUACAAGUGGAGCAAGACAAGGUGAAGCAUGUGCCUGCCAGUGAAGUCGAUGACAGGAUAUGGAACGCGUGUGGCUCUCUCGCGGUGGACUGCGGCAAAGCUUUCUUUGAGAGACAAAUUCUGCAAUGGUUUAUCGAAGACAUUGGCACGGUGAAGAGCAAGACAGCCCAUACUCUGCUCAGCAAACUUGCCAGUCUGUACGGAUUGUGGUUGGUGCUUGCCGAUGCCAGGUUUUGUGGAACGUCUUCGCUCAGUGUUGGCAUACAGGACGAGAUGCGGCAGGAGUUCGAUGCCCUGCUGGCCGAGGUGCGUGUACACUGCCGAUGCUUAGUGGAUGGCCUGUGCGUGCCGGACAGCUUCCUAGGACCCAUUGCGCUAGUCCGUGACAGCAACGACGAGUUCUGGUCGUACGAACAGACGCUGAAGAACAGUACCUUUGCUGGCCGAGCAAAGCUGUAGUCUCUCCUCUCUUUGCAGAGAGCCUCCAGAUGCAGUCAAUGUACUAUUACUGUUAGCGAAAGGGCGAGGCGGAUAUUUAAAAGUCUCUCCAUUCAAAUUUAGGAAAUAUUUUAUCUGGAAUUCUUUUCUUUCUUCCUUUGCUAAUAUUUUUUCAAAACAUUUUUAAUUUUUAUCCUGUAGCAAUAUGGCCAGCAUUUGGCCACAUCAAUUAUAUUUCCAUCAUUAUCACUAUUAUUUUUAGCACUAAGUUAGGCCGUCAUAUCCAAAGAUUAGAAAUUUUUAAAAUUUAGCCCUACAUUCUCAUUUCAUCCUAUCCUCCUACUUGGCACCUAUCCGAACAGCACAGAACAAUAGUCUGGCUAUAUACAAUUUGUUUAGAGCAGUAAGUA